UAUUCAUCUAAUCUGAAGGUAGCAGCCAUUGCAUGCUUCCUUGUUGUUUUUUUUCAUUGAAUUUGUAUAGAUGUGUGCUUGAAGCUCUGUGUGCUUUGAGGUCAUCUGAGAGAGUAAAAUUGUGAUCACUUCUAAUGCUCCCUGGGUGACCAGUAAAGAGCUGAUGCUUGCCUGGUGGUUUUGCAGUCCUUGUUUACAUAAAAUGCCUCAUCUCACCUUCUGAUGGGGUUGUACUGCUCGUUCCUCUCCCAUAAAUGGGAAUAUUCAGGGGCCACUCAAAGGAGAGAGGUUAUUUACCAUAAACUGUUCAAGAGUGUUCCCUCUGCAUAGUCAUAUUCCCUGCCCACCUUCCCCACUUUGGAGACUCCAGUCAGGACUCUCAGAUUUAGGGAAGCAACUGAAGGUUGGUUGGGGACGGGGUAAGCAGCCCAAACAAACACUGCUAUCUAGAAGAUACCUCAGGUCAAGGCCAGGUGGCACCAAUCCCAGAAUAUGCAGAGAUGACACUCCUGAAGAACAAGUUUACUGGGGGGGCUAGAGAGCUGAAGGGGAAAAUCUGUUUUCCAGAACUGCAAUAGUGUGGAGAAAAGGAACUUUCAUUUUCUGAAGCCAGAGACUGAACGCACUGUGGAAUUAGUAAAGAGACAGCUAGAAAGAGUGGAGAAGGUAGAGAAUGGAGUUGCAAACUCUACAGGAGGCUCUGAAAGUGGAAAUUCAGGUUCACCAGAAACUGGUUGCCCAAAUGAAGCAAGAUCCACAGAAUGCUGAUUUGAAGAAACAGCUUCAUGAACUCCAAGCCAAAAUCACAGCUUUGAGUGAGAAACAGAAGAGAGUGGUGGAACAGCUGCGGAAGAAUCUGAUAGUAAAGCAGGAGCAGCCAGAUAAUAAGUUUCAAAUACAGCCAUUGGUACAGUCAGAAAACAAACUACAAAAUCCACAACAGCAACCACUACAGCAACUACAGCAGCACCACCAUCAUCAGCAGCAAUCUACUGCACCCUCUCCAAACCUGAUUGGAUCACAGAAAACUGUAACUACAGCUUCUAUGAUCACCACUAAGACACUACCUCUUGUCUUGAAAGCAGCAACUGCAACCAUGCCUGCCUCUGUUGUGGGUCAAAGACCUACCAUUGCCAUGGUUACUGCAAUCAACAGUCAGAAAGCGGUCCUCAGCACCGAUGCACAGAAUACACCAGUCAACCUCCAGACAACAAAUAAGGUUACUGGUCAAGGAGCAGAGGCAGUCCAAAUAGUGGCAAAAAACACAGUUACUUUGCAGGUUCAGGCUACACCUCAGCCCAUCAAAGUGCCACAGUUCAUCCCUCCUCCCAGACUCACUCCUCGUCCAAAUUUUCUUCCACAGGUUCGACCCAAACCAGUUGCCCAGAAUAACAUUCCUAUUGCCCCAGCACCACCUCCGAUGCUUGCAGCUCCUCAGCUUAUUCAAAGGCCUGUGAUGCUGACAACAAAGUUCACACCCAGCUCUUUACCCACCUCACAGAACUCCAUACACCCAGUUCGUGUUGUUAAUGGGCAGACAGCAACCAUAGCCAAAACUUUCCCUAUGGCACAGCUCACCAGCAUUGUGAUAGCAGCCCCAGGUACCAGGCUCGCUGGACCUCAGACUCUACAGAUCAGCAAACCAAACCUUGAAAAACAGACUAUUAAACCCCAUGUGGAAGCAGAGGAGAAGCAAACAGAGAGUCGUACCGUUACCCCACCAGCUGCACCCAAGCCAAAACGAGAAGAAAAUCCACAGAAACUUGCCUUCAUGGUGUCUUUGGGACUGGUUACACAUGACCAUCUGGAAGAAAUCCAAAGUAAGAGACAAGAGAGGAAAAGAAGAACAACAGCAAAUCCAGUGUACAGUGGAGCCGUGUUUGAGCCUGAGCGUAAGAAGAGUGCAGUCACAUACCUGAACAGCACAAUGCAUCCUGGGACACGUAAAAGAGGUCGUCCACCUAAAUACAACACGGUGCUGGGGUUUGGGGCUCUGACCCCCACAUCCCCUCUAUCCAGUCAUCCUGACUCCCCUGAAAAUGAAAAGACAGAGACCACAUUUACUUUCCCCGCAUCUGUUCAGCCUGUGUCCCUGCCUAGCCCCAGCUCCACAGACGGCGAUAUCCAUGAGGAUUUUUGCAGUGUUUGCAGGAAAAGCGGGCAGUUGCUGAUGUGUGACACAUGUUCACGUGUGUAUCACCUGGACUGUCUGGACCCACCUCUGAAAACCAUUCCCAAGGGCAUGUGGAUCUGUCCCAAAUGUCAAGACCAGAUGCUGAAGAAGGAAGAAGCAAUCCCAUGGCCAGGGACUUUAGCAAUUGUUCAUUCAUAUAUUGCAUACAAAGCAGCAAAAGAAGAGGAGAAACAGAAGCUACUUAAAUGGAGUUCAGAUUUAAAACAAGAAAGAGAACAACUAGAGCAGAAGGUCAAACAGCUCAGCAAUUCCAUAACAAAAUGUAUGGAAAUGAAGAAUACAAUCCUGGCAAAACAGAAGGAGAUGCACAGCUCCUUGGAGAAGGUAAAACAGCUGGUCCGCCUCAUCCAAGGCAUUGACCUUUCAAAAUCCAUAAACUCUGAGGUCAAUUCAGUAGCCAUCUCUAAUGGCAUGGACUCAACUAACAAUGCUAAUGCUGCCGCCUCCACCCCAGCCCCUUCCCAGGGCUGCAUGGUGAACUGUAACAAAGGCGAUGAGAUUAAAUAACACAGUGGAGUAAGAAGGAGCCAAGGGAGGUGGCAGCGAGGAGGAGCAGCGAAAUAAUGAAACUCUAGAAAAGCAAAACCGGAUUUCUUCUGGAAAGGGCAGAAUUCUUUAGUUCUUUGGUUCCAGAGAGAGCGUGAAGAUGCUUGUGCCAGGCGGCACCGGAGUUUGCCAAUUGAUCCUUCUUAUUCUGUGUGUACAUGCAAAGUUUGGAUCAUGUUACAUGAAUAGUGCCAGCUGGGGGUUCUUUGCCAGCACCAUGCCAAGUGAAAUAAUAUAUUUACUCUCUCUAUAUUUUACACCAGUGUGUGCCUGCAGCAGCCUCCACAGCCACUAUAGGUUUGUUUUAUUUUUGUUUGGGGUGAGGAGCAGGGAUGAGGGAGGAGAGCAGGUUUCAAAUCCUUAUUUGCAGAACAGUUUGUUUAGCUAGGGAAAAAAUAAGUCCAAAGAGCCUGUGGGCUUUUCCUGUUUCUAAACUCUCAGUACUAUUAAACCAAAAAAACAGAAGUAUAAAUUAACAAAUCCCAGUGCCCAGAGGGGACAAGUCUAUCAAAUAAGCAGUAUUUACUAUUGUUUAGACAGGAGAUGUACAAAACAAAAUGGGGAUGGAUUUUUCACUGAGUAACGAGCACAUGUGCAAGCUGGGGAUUUUCUGUCCUGGCAGCUUUGGGUUAACCCUGUUUCUUCACACUAGACAAAUGAAAUGCAUUGGAGAAUUGGAUUGGUUUGGAUCUUCAAGUUGAUCCAGGAAGCCUUUGUUGGGAGAGAGAGAGAGAGAGAAGAGGGGACCAAAAUGGUUGAGUUGAAGCAUGAAAGGAGGUGUCAAGGGAAAAUGUGCAUCAAUGACUUUACUUGAAAACGAGAUUCCAAUCCUUUUCUAUAUUUAUAAAACAAAAAUAUCCUGAACAAAGCAGCACAUGACCCAGAUGUGUGAACUGAACAGAGAAAUAUCCUUUUCUUUCAUUUCCUCUCUUUCUUUUGGUAACAAAAAAUAAAUAAGGAAUAGAAAAGCUGUUAUUCAGGCUGACAGUCUAAUUAAAGAGGUAGAUGGGACCUUGCAUGGUAUAGAUUAGAAGUAAUAGUGUCAGUGAGAUACAGUGAGUCUUUGUGAGUCCUUGUGUCAUCGUUUUGGGCACUGUUUUUUUAUGCAAGGGCAAAAUCUUUGUAUCUGGGGAAAAAACAACUUUUUUAAAAUUAAAAAGGAAAAUAAAAGAUAUUGAGGUCUUCCUAGUGUUACUUAAAAUAAGAUCAAGGUAAGAAACAUUGUAAAAAUUAUAAAAGUGCUAUUUGUUUCCUAAACAAGUGAUUUCUAUUAAAAAGGUGUCAGAACUGGAGAAAA